UUAAGACACCCCGGAAGUGGAUGUGAAUUGCAACACUAUAUACAAGGUUUAUUUUGGUGCGUAUUUUGUCAGGCGCGCAAUGACACCUUUCCACUUAUGUACAGCCGCGCGCUCUUUGCUAAAGUCUUAUCGACACAGAGCAGUGUUAAAAACGGUCCAGGGACUUAGGGUGUGGGAGUUCAGAAACAUGUAUCAUCCAUGUACUUCCAUCAUCGCAGUGCACAACAGCAUGGAUGAGAUCCUGAGAAAGACAGUGGCCCCAUUGCCCAGCUAUGAGAUGAGAGACAAAUCUCCACCUCCACCUGAAUCCAACAGUCUGGAGUUCAUGCACUUCUACAAGAGUUUAGAGAAAGAGCAAAAGCUGGACUUUCUCGAGAAGCUUUCUCAUGAUUUCGGGGUAGAUCACAGAUGGGCUUCGGACCUGGCUGCGAAGUUGCUGGACACUCAGGGGCGGGAUGUGGCCACCAUCCUGCAGGUGGAGGACAGGUUACGGUACAGUUUAACACCCCGGUACCGACAGCUGCUCACGCACAUCAGCAAGGUUCAGGGCGGGGUGAAGUUUCUGGUGGACCUCAGGGCAGAUCUCAUCGAGUUUGCGUCCUCAAAAAUGAGUGACAGCCCACAUAUGAGGGAUCUGAACAGCACUCUGAAGAGUCUUCUGUCAGAAUGGUUCUCUGUUGGCUUACUCCGACUGGAAAGAAUCACUUGGCAGUCCACAUGCGAGAUCCUUCAGAAGAUCAGCCAGUACGAGGCGGUCCAUCCUGUGCGGAACUGGACGGAUAUCAAACGCAGAGUGGGGCCGUACCGGAGAUGUUACGCCUUCACCCACGCUUCCAUGCCUGGAGAGCCACUGGUGGUGCUGCACGUUGCCUUAACUGAGGACAUAGCAAAUAAUAUCCAGGGAAUUGUAAGAGAGUUUUCCACUCUAGAUGCGGAUGAAGAUGUUAACAAGAUCAAUGCUGCCAUCUUCUACUCCAUCUCCUCCACUCAGGCCGGAUUGCAGGGGGUGGAGCUUGGAAACUACCUCAUCAAGAGGGUGGUCCGAGAACUGCAGGUGGGCAAAUGAAUGAGAAAAUGAAUCAUAAAAGUGAUGUUUAUCACAGCUGUUUGAAGAAUUUUUGCAGUGGAAUAUCUGUAGAUAAAUAAUAAAUGCUAGGAAAACAGUCUGCUAUUUAUAUGGUAGAGUCAAGCAGGAUUUUCAACCUUUUUGAUAUGAA